CCAUAUCCUAGCAAACAUGGACGAUGAUGAUGAAUACGAGAAAGAACGUCUUGAGAACAUCAAGCGAAAUCAAGAAUUACUAAAAGGUUUGGAUUUAGUUGGUCAUUCUGCCGCACCAAGAAGAUCAACUGGCAGCAAUAAUGGUAAAUCAACAUCACGCUCAAAGCCAAACAAAAAGCCAACACCAAAGAAACGUGAACAACCGGAACGAAUUCAACCAAGGCGAGUGAGCAAUCGAUUGGCUGGAAUCGAAGCAGAUUCUGAAACAUAUAAACGAAAAGCAGAAGAAGAAGCAGAAAGUGCACGUAAACAAUAUGAAGCGGAAAAACGGGCAAGACAUGAAGCUCAUGAUCUGGGAUUCUUAUUGGGCCUUGAUGAAAAAGCCGAAUCUGACGAAAGAAAACAAAUGGCAGAUUUAGAGUUAGCCCUACGUGGUAUAUCUUCUGUUCGACCUACUCUGGGAGCAGACAUGAUGGAAGAUUUGAAAGAACUCAAAAGAAGAAAAGCCAAUGGUAACAACGCUGAGAAACACAAGGAACUCAAAGAAGUUAUGGAUCGUAUGGAGUUGCUCAGUGUCGAUAAAGUGGUAAUGAGGAGGGUGUACAGCAUGAUCGUUCAUCCUAAUGCAGACAAGGACCUAGUCUUUGUUGCUGAUAAGGAAGGAUCGAUUGGUGUUUGGGAUCCUUUGGCCAAGAAUGAAAGCAAUGCAGGAGAGGACGAGGAAGAAGACAUGAAUUCAGGUCGAAGUUGGAGCUUGCAAGUUCAUGGCAAAUCACCCAUCACAUGUUUACGAUUCGAUCCCAUUUCAGCCGAUUCCUUGUUCUCAUCUUCGUACGAUUCCACGAUUCGAAUGCAAUCUCUUCAAAAUGGCGUUUCCACAGAGGUUUGGGGUGGUCAAGAUGAUGUCUUGAUUUCCAUCUUUGAUAUCCUGGCACCUCAAUCUCAUCCUUCUGCAUUUUUGCGUACGCCUGAUGCAGGUUUGGACGAGCGAAGUUUAUGGAUAGCAGAUCAUCGUGGUGGAUUGUGUCAUUUCGAUUUACGACAAAGUGGAAGACGCAAAGCUGAAACAUCUAGAUGGCAAGUAUGCGAAAAGAAGAUUGGUGGAAUGUCAAUCAAUCCAACCGUUUCAUCUUGCAUUUCAGUAGCUUCACUUGAUCAACAUGUUCGAUUGUUUGACGUUCGUAAUUUACAAACUCUUCCAACGACAAAUGAAGCCCCAUAUAGUGCAAGAAAUGUUGACGAUGAAGUUUUGAGAGCGGCAGAGGAAAAUGCACAAAUUGCUUAUCAUAAAGCUAAGCUUGCAUGUACAAGCGUUGACUGGGAUCCUACUGGUACGAAAUUGGUCGGGGUCAGUUAUGAUGAUAUGGUGAAGAUUUGGGAUAUGAAACCAUCUUGGUUACAUACCGCUUCAGGACCGCCAACACUCAACGCAACGCCGGCAAAGAAGAGCAAAGUGAAACAAGAACAGGCUGAUACGUUCACUUCUGCUCCUGAUCGACCUGAUGACAUUUUGGCAAAGAUGCAUAGCAUUCGACAUAACAAUCAAACUGGAAAAUGGCUCACCUUAUUCCGUGCAAGAUUCAAUGCAAAUCCUACAGUUGAAAGUCAUUUUUCAAUCGGUUCAAUGGAUCGUAGAGCAGAGAUCUGGGCAGCAGACGGUACCCUUUUGCGAUCAUUUUAUGAUGAAGAUCAUGUUACAGCCGUACCUGCCGUUACUGCCACUCAUCCUCGUCGGGUAGGAAGGUUGGCAACAGGAAAUGCAUCGGGUAAAUGUACCUUUUGGGGCGAAAGACAGUGAUGUGUUUAAAUUCAAUGUAUUUAUAGCAAAGCAAAUAUCUAUCAGCAAUUGAA